CUUGGAUAAUCUAAAUCUGGCUUUACAAAUAAGCCUUUAACUUUUUUUUUUUAAUAGAAGGCUAAAGAAAAAAUUAUACACACAAACAAAUUGAGUCAGCGUACAAAAAAUAUUUACGAUCAAAAGACGGGCUUUUAUCCAAUUUCAAAGUAGAUAGAAGCUUACUUGCAUAUGGAUGGGUCUGAGGAGUCAAACGUCUGAAAAUUGAAUAUCUGGUGGCUGAAUUCUCUCGCAAGUUUCCGCGUUUAACCAUUCUAUAAAGCAACCAAAUCCCUGAAUUUGCAGUGUGUGCCGACCAUGGAGACCCUCCCUGAGCAGCUCAUCGUCGACGUCCUCUUGAGAUUGCCAGUCAAAUCUUUGUUGCGUUUCAAAUCUGUAAGUAAGUUAUGGCGUUCUCUGAUUUCCGAUCCUCGCUUUGCCCAUUCCCAUUUUCAAUUAUCUUCAUCCCUCGCCGAUAGGAUCGUUCACAUCGCCAAUUUUGGAGGCCGAUCCAUAGAUUUCCACUCAUCUUUCGAUCGCGAUUCUGCGAUUGCAAACCUUAAUUUUCCGAUCACACCAAAUGUGAUGAUUAGGGGUUCUUGUAGAGGCUUUGUGCUUCUCGAUGCUUAUCAUCACUUGUUUAUCUGGAAUCCAUCCACUGGUUUCUACAAACAAGUGCCGUACUUCCCUAUGCUGUCGCCAUUUUGCCCUUUCGUUCUUGGUCUCGGCUAUGACGCCACCGAUGAUGACUAUUUGUUACUUGUCGGGGCGUGUGAUCCGUAUGAUGAUGACUGCGGAUCCGAUUUCCAGUUUUUCUCAACGAAAGCCAAUUCAUGGAAGAAAAUUGAGGGCACUGGUAGUUUUCCCUAUAUGAAUGCCAUAGAUGACCCCAGGGCUGGGGUGUUUCUGAAAGAAGCCAUUCAUUGGUUGGCCUUCCGCCAUGAUACCUCUGUUGAAUUAAUCCUUGCCUUCAAUGUGAUUCAGAGGAAAUUAAUUGAAAUUCCUCUGCCUGGUGACUUUUCCGAAACCUUGGAAUUCGUUUUUCUGGGAACACUGGGAGGAUAUCUCAGUCUAUACGUUGUUGAUGAUGACUUGAACGGAGGAGAAAUUUGGUUGAUGAAGGAAUAUGGAACGAAGUCGUCCUGGACUAAAUCCAUAGUUGUGUCUGUUGAGAUUCCCUGUGACUACUUCUUCCCAAUAUGCUUAACUCAAAGUGGUGAAAUUGUAGGAUCAGAUGGUCGUAAUGCGCUAGUGAAAUGCAAUGAGAAAGGACAAGUGCUAGAGCGUGGCGAUUACAAUUAUCGAAUGGAUGAGGAUGACACAGUUGUGUGUAGAGACAGUUUGCUUUCACUUCCUUGUGACGGUGGGCGGUGUGGAAGAAACAGAAGAAGAGCAACAAAAACGAAGAAGAGGUAUUAAGAAAUAGGGAGAAUUGCAUCCCGGUUCUACCUAAAAACAAUUAAUUACUAUAAAUUUAUUAACAAUUGAAUUAAAGCUAUUAAUAAUGCAUUGUUAAUAGAUAAGAUUAUUAAUAAACUUUAGAAAAAUUACUCUCUCACUCUCUGUUUGUCUUUUCACUAGUAUAUUUUCUCCCUUCUUUUGUUGAAUUCAAAAGGAUCUAACAAUUCUGCAAAAAAAAAAAAAAGUAAUAAUUCUGCUCCAUUUUAAAAAGAGAAAAGAUGUAAUAAUUUCAAUAUUUUAAGAACCUGACCCCUUGAACGAUUAUACCACCAUUUGGAUACAAGAGUUGCUUUGUUUGAUUCAUUAAUGUGGCAUUCAACAAGAUUUUGAAGGUGGCAUCAAUGGUGGCAUCAAGAGUGGCAGGGUUAAGAAGUUGGAAAUAAUAUUUGGAUUAUUAAAGUUCAUUUAGUAUAAUUUAGUCAAAUUUUUCUAUUUUUAUUGAAUUUUCGUAUUUAAUUUUCAAGUAUUUUUUUUACGUAAUAUUUUAAGCUUUAAUAACCUAUUGUGGGCUUUUAGGCUUAAGUUAUCCAUCAGAGUUUUUAUGUUAGAGUUUUUAGGGAGUUCUACUUAAGUUAGGUGUCUUUUUAUUUUUGUAAAUAUUACUCGAAGAGGGUAUCAAAGGAGAGCGUAUGGAAUAAAUGUUAUUUCUUUUUCUAACAAGCUUUGCUUGUUUAAUCGUGUUCAAAGUUGAAUAUCAU